AUGGAGUCCGAAUUGCCGGACUUCUGCGGUCUCGGUACUGCGGACCUUCUGGGCCUGGCCCUAGACGGUGUACAGCAACCGCAAGGGGAUGGUGUGCUGCAGGGUUCCCACCCGGCUGCUGGAGGUGUCCAAGGGGGGAUAUCUCACCCCUGGAGCGAAGUCGCCACAGGCGGGCAGCCCGACGAUGUGUGUAUGCCCGGCUUGACACUGGCUCACAACAGGGCUCGGGGCGCGGGUGCAGCGGCAGCUGCCAUUAUGACGACCCAGGAGCUUGACUCGGAGCUAUGCCGCCUGCCCCUUGAGAGCGAGCCGCAACCCGGCAGCGAGCCACCCCAGCACCUGCCCACAGCGCUGGGUACCCACAUCUCAGCAACACAGUCACGCGACAUUGGCGCCUCCAAACAAGGCGACACCGUCAGGCCGCGAAUCCUGCCCGACACACUGGACAGCGCCGCCCUGGAUGAUGAGCUCCGGGCUCUUCCACUGGAAACCCAGGACCUGGACGCAGGACCUGGUGCAGACCCAAAUGGGGACGCAUACAUGAAUGCCGUGACGGGCAACGAGUUGGAGGCGAUUGCAGAUCCCGCCGGCGCACGGGUGCCUCAGUCAUUUGGGUCGGCCAGCGUUGUGCUAGGAGACGGCGGCGUGUACAUGGACUCCCAGGCGCUCGAUGAUGCGCUCCGAGCCUUGCCCAUCGGGAGCUCCGUGGAGGACGAUCUGCAGCCGCCGCCGGGAGCUGAGGCUGCGGCAAGAAGCCAGGGAGGAGGCGUCCGCGGGGCCGCGAACAGGAGCCCUGUUGCACGCGGGCAAAUGGGGGCGGCGGUGCCGGAACGCUCAGUGCACGGCGAAUCGCACCGGCUGGUGGACCCGACAACGGAGCCCCAGCCGCACCACCGGCAAGCCCCGCUUCCGCAGCAACAGCAGGGGCUGGAGGCUGCUCCCGGUGCACGGCCAGCGCCGUCUGGCUGGGAGGCCUUUGGCGGAGCAGCAUCCUUCGAUGAUGACCUGGAGGACUACCUGGCAGCGCAGGCAGCUGAGAUGCAGCAGGCAGUGAUGCCGGUUCCGCCUCCGCCGCGGCGGCAGCAACCGCCGGACCUGGACGAUCUUGAUGACCUGAUUGCGGAGCUGGAAUAUGACAAGGGGGGGCCAUCCGCCAGAAGCCCCCGGUCCACUGUGGCAGGCGCAGCAGUGGCCACUGCACAUUUGACCUCGUCUCAACGAGGGACCCUGGCAAUGGGCGGCUUAGGCGCCGGUGUUGGAGGCCCACGGCAGCAGGGAGUGCAGGCGACAGUGCAGCAAGGUGCAGCGGGGGCUGUGCGCCAAGGAGGUGAGGGUAGCGACAGGGACAGGGCGGCCAAGAGGCCCCGGACGGAAGCACGUGGCAGGCCCACAAUGGAGGAGCUGUUCGGCUCAGACGACGAGGAGGGCGUCGAGGUGGUUACUGCGGCAACCGCCGCCGCGCCCACGGAGAAAAAUCCCCUAGCGGCAGGCCGUGCAGCUAAAGACGUGGGAACAGUCAACGGCCACGAGGUGGUGGGAGAGGAGGCGGUGCGGCCAGCGGGGUCAUCCUAUUUCCCGCCUCAGCGCCUGGCAUCCAACAUCCAGGGCGGAAUCGUGCUUCCGGUCACGGCCGCGUCCGGCGAGCGGGUGUACUGCAGAGUGGCGGAGAACGCCGGUGGAGCUACGGAGCGAGGCAGCCUGACACGGGCUGCGGCACGGCAGCACGGGGGGAGUCCCGACGCGGGUGCAGGUCGGCGCCAUGGCCGCAGCUGCCUACUAGGAGCACCACUGGCGGAUAUGCUGCGGGAGCUUGAGGACCGGCAACUGCGGGCCGCGGUGGCGGCCUCGGAGCGCGAGGAGGAGCGCCGCCGGCUGCGGCAGCUACAGCUGCAGCUACAGCAGCACCGCCUGGAACACGAGGUCGCCAACGCGGAGGGGGACCUGGAGGAUGAAAAAAGAGCGUUUGCAGACCUGGUGGAGCAAAGACCGGUGGCUGAGGCGGGGCUCGGACGCCGCGGGCGGCGGGUCUCCGGUGCAGCGGCACACGAGCACCUGGCCCCGGGAGUGGGCUUCGAGGAGGCUAGGCUGUGGGUGGACAAAUACGCCCCCCGCCACUUCAUGUCGCUGCUCAGUGACGAGCGGACCAACCGCCAGGUGGCGUUGUGGGUCAAGGACUGGGACGAGUGUGUGUUCGGCCGGGGAGGGACCUCCGCCGGCGUCCCCGGGUCCAAGCCGGGGGCUGCUGCCGGUCGCAAGGCCGACUCCCGACCCCAACAGAAGGUGCUGCUUAUCGGGGGACCGCCAGGCCUGGGCAAGACCACCUUGGCUCACGUGGUAGCUCGGCAUUGCGGCUAUCACCCUUACGAGAUUAACGCAUCGGAUGACCGUACAGCAGCGACCUUGCUGACCAAGAUCCAAGAUGCCGUACAGAUGACGGCUGUACUGGGCGGCGGCCGGCCCAACUGCGUGAUCGUGGAUGAGGUGGACGGCGCCACGGGGGGCUCCGAAACCGGCGGGGCGGUGGCCGCACUGCUGAAGCUGGUCCGCGCGGGCGAGGGCGGGGCAGCGGGCAGCGGUGGCAAGGGCGGCGGCAAAGCAACAGGCGGUGGUGAUGAUGAUGACGAUGACGGCAGUGGUGGAGAGAACGAGGGUGCAGAUGGCGGCAAGAAGACUGUCGGCGCUGGUGGUGCCAAGCGGCGCGGCGGCGGCCGGAAGGGCUCGCAGCAGCGCCCGCUCUGUCGGCCCAUCAUCUGCAUCUGCAACGACCUAUACGCUCCCGCGCUGCGGCCACUGCGCGACAUAGCACGCGUGUUCCAUUUCUCGCCACCUGUUUCCGAGCGCCUGACUGCACGCCUGGUGCAGAUCUGCCAGGCCGAGCAGUUGGAGGCUGAUCCCGCCGCGCUGCGGCUCCUGGUGGAGCGAACUGACCGGGACGUACGGGCCUGCCUUAACACGCUGCAGUUCCUGGCGCGGAGAGGGGAGAAGGCAGGGGCGGGGGGCGGUGCAGCAGGUGGCCGGCGUACAAUCGAUAUAAAGGACAUCGAGUCUCUGAACAUUGCCUCCAAGGACACUACUCAGUCAGCCAUGGACAUGUGGACGUUACUGCUCAGCACGAGUGCCGCGGGUCGCAGGCGAGGAGGUGGCGCCGGAGGUAUGGCGCCUGGCAGUGCUGCCGGUCGGCUGACCGAGCUGUGCAACAGGCUGCAAGACUUUGGAGACUACGACCUGGUUCUCAACGGGCUGCAUGAGAACCUGCCGCGGGUGCGCUUCAUGGACAUCAACCUCAGCCGCACGGCUGAAGUGGAGGCGACCAUAGGACUGGCGGAUGUGCUGCUCAGGUCGUGCCGGCGCACCGGCGACUUCUCGUCUCUGCGCUUCGUGCCGCCCCUAUUAGCCAAUGUUCGCGCGCUCGCAGCGCAGCCGGAGCGGCCCAGACAGCUGGCCUGGCCACGCCUGGGCGCCGAGGUUGCGCGGCGCGCAUCAGCGACAUCACAGCUGGUUCGCAGUUGGGCCAGCAACCGUGGUACGGAUCCCCUGGUGGCGGCUUCACACGGCAUCACAGUCAUGAUGCUGGAGCUGGCCCCUGCAUUGCGUGCACUGGUCUCCCGGCCGCCCAUCCGUGCCGUGGCACCCAACAUGAUGACAGCGGACGAGCAGGCCGCACUGCGCCGCACUGCUGACAUCAUGCUGCAUUACGGUCUGCGCUACUGCUUCGAGUCGCCGACGCCACCGGGGCCGCAGCCGCUGCAGCUGCCCGAGGCGGUGGCACCCGUGUCGAGCAACGCAAUCAUCCUGGGGCUCACGGCGGAGGUUCAGCAGAACAUCGCGGCUGCAGCGGCGGCAGGUACCCGCACUGCAGGCGGCUUCCAGCGCCAGGCGCCGCAGCCAUAUGGCGGCCGAGGUUCCGGUGGCGUCUUCCAAAGCGGCCGUGGUGGCAGGGGUUCGUACAACUCGUACGGCCAGGGCCGGGGUCCUGCAGGCGAUGCCAGGUUCCGAGUGCAGCCGGGGGCCGGUGGUCGCGGUGCUGCCACUAACGGCCAGGGCACGCCAAUGCAGCCGACGCAGGGAGCUGCUCCUCCGGCGCCCAGUCGCCGCGUGCCGCUGGUGCCGGCCAUUGACACGUUGCACGUUUUUACGGCCUUUGCGGGUGCAGCGGCUGCGGGGGAGCGUGUGACAGUUCCGCACGUUGUACGGCGGAUAAUAGCGCAGCAGACGGAGAUGGAGGCAAUCCGGCGGGCUGAGGCGGCGCGCAUGGUUGUCCCUGUUGGCGGUAGCUCCUCCCAGCCUACAGCCUCUCAGCCAACAGCCAAUCCAAUGCGGCCGGAAGGUCCAGGUGCAGGCCAUGCUAUUGGCCCCCGAGGGAAUGGGCCGUUGCAACCGGUGGCUCCUCCGCAGCCGCAACGGCAGAUGGCAGGCCGUAUGCCGCCGCCGGCAGACGGCAAGAAGGGCCAGGUUGCGGGUGGAGGCGCGGGUGUAAAACGUAAAGGCACGUGGAUGGAUGCUUUUAAGCAGCAGGCCAGCGCUAAGGCGCGUUGCGGGGGGGCCAGCGGCGUGAGUGCGGGUGCUGCGGCGCGGAACACAGAGGAAGCAGCGAAGACGACGGAAGGGGCCGGCUGCGGGAUAGCCGGCCGCGCAGAAUCUCCGAAGGGUGGGCCGACCGCAGGGGCACAGGGCAAACUGCCCUUCCCCGUGCUUUAUCGCUUCAACGAAGGAUACACAAAUGCUGUGAA